AAAAGUAUUGACAUCAUGUCCCCAUUGCAUGUACUUAUAUAUAUGAUAUAUAGGGGUGCUACUUGUGGGAGCAACGCAGUUCUGCGGAGAACGUCUUUAGCUGGAAAAAUGAUACGAUUUAUUAUUGUAUUUGGUACAUUAAUUGUUUUAUCAACGGCUCAGUUUCAACCUACUAGAAGAAUUUUAGAAGCACCAAUUCCUGCGCUUUGUGCACAAAGGAUUAUUCAUGAACGUUUUAAUGGUAAGGGUUAUUAUUAUUCAUGGGCUGAUCCAAGAACAAAUGGACAAGAACUUGAUUGGUUAGCAGGCAGAAAUUUCUGUAGACAAAGAUGUAUGGACCUUGUUUCCUUGGAAACUUCUGCAGAGAAUGAAUUUAUUAAAAGUCGCAUUGUUCAAAAUAAUGUAAAAUAUAUUUGGACAUCUGGACGACUUUGUGAUUUCAAAGGAUGUGAUAGGCCUGAUCUUCAACCUCUUCAUAUUAAUGGUUGGUUCUGGACUGCAGAAUUACAAAAACUUGCCCCUACUACUGAUCGCUCUCAAAAUGAUUGGUCUGAGAGUGGAGGAAUUGGAAAACCGCAACCUGAUAAUCGUGAAGCUAUACAACAAGGAGGUGCACCAGAAAAUUGUUUAGCAGUAUUAAAUCAAUUUUAUAAUGAUGGAGUAAAUUGGCAUGAUGUUGCUUGUCAUCAUAAAAAACCAUGGGUGUGUGAAGAUAAUGAUUCUUUAUUAAGAUAUGUUCAUUUUGCUAAUCCUAAUAAUCGUAAUUAAAGUAAAUAAAAUAUAGUUUAUAUUAU